GGGGAGGUCAGGAUGGAGUGUGUGAAGUCGAGUUCGUCCUCUGGAGUAAGUGAGGUGGAGGGAAAAUCUCCCAGCGAGACGUUAACUCCGUUCAUGUUGGCUAAGAUCGAGAGGAACAGACAGAGAGCGCUGAUGCUGAGGCAGGCCAGACUCGCUAACCGCCCUUCUGCUGGGGAAGGUGCCACGGCAACCAAACUAGUGAAGACCAUCGACUCCGGCGCUGGAUUCUUCAUCGAGGACGAGGAGGAGGAGGACGAGCAGCGAGCGAGCAGAGUGGUGCAGAAGCCUGCCCCAGUCAUGGAGCCGGACUAUCUGAUGUGUGAGGAGUGCUCGAAGCCGUUCAUGGACUCGUACCUCAGCAACAGUUUCGAUCUCUCGGUGUGUGACAAGUGCAGAGACAGCGAGGAGAAACACAAGCUGAUUUCUCGUACGGAGGCGAAGCAGCUCUUCCUGUUGAAAGACUGCGAUCUGGACCAGCGAGAGCCGCCUCUGCGCUUCGUCCUGAAGAAAAACCCCCACAAUCCUCGCUGGGGAGACAUGAAGCUCUACCUGAAAUCACAGAACAGGCUCCCUACCUCCUGGGUGUGUGUGUGUGUGUGUGUGUGUGUGUGUGUGUGUGCCCGCGCGCAGGUGGUGUCUCGGUCUCUGGAGGUUUGGGGCAGUGAGGGGGCUCUGGAGGAGGCGCGAGAGACUCGAGAGGAGAACAGAGAAGUACAGAAACAGAAACGCUUCAACAAGAAAGUCAAAGAGUUGAGGCGUGCGGUGAGGAGCAGUGUGUUCAGGAAGGACACCAGUGUCCACCAGCAUGAUUACGGUGAGGAGGAGCUGCUGGAUGAGGAGGAGGACCAGUACAGGAAAGUGUGUAAGACCUGCGGACACCAGCUCACCUACGAGAAGAUGUAGAGCUGGCUGUGUCCCAAAUCCAUCCUAUGCUCAUGCCUUCACACACACACACACACACAGCGGUGUAAGGAUAGAGCGCCGGUGGACGUGUUUGUGGACGUCAGAAUGAUUGGUUCGCCAACACUCACGGUGCUGCCGUCACAUUUCACCUAAAUGGGAACAGUCUUCAUAUGGAAUGCUCCCUACACGUGCUGCCUACUUUGGGAACUCCCUUCUGAUUGGAACAUGUUUGUAGUGACCGUCUGUUACAUUCCGACUGAAUGAAGUGUAAAAUAGUUUUGUAAUAAAGGAGCAACGACUCAGGGGUUUUGGGUUUUGACCUUCAUUUUGUUGAAGUGAUUGUGUGAGUGUGUGUGUGACUGAACCUGAUCCUCACUCCUGUAAACCCCACGUCUCGUGCUGUAUUUGGCACGAGUGUGUUUGUGUGCGUACGUGAGAGUGAGCGUUUCAGUUGGGACGUGUUCCAAAUCAGCAAACUGUGACUGGACUUCAUCUGUAUCCUUCAAUCACAGAUUCCUCGCAGGACGAUUGCUGGAUCUGCUUUAAGAUACUGACUCUGAUGGGUAGAUCUAUUUGGUGCUGAAGUCCCGUUUUAUUUCUGUAUAAAACCGAUUUGGGGGCGGAGCCUCAUCAGCUCAGUUUCUGAUGUCAUAAAAUAAAAUUCCAUGGAUUUGAACCAAUCACAUCUGCUAUGCAAAUUAUUAAAGGAUAAACAUUACACCCUUACACCCCUACUCCAAGUCCAGCAGGAUGAAAAUAUUUUACUACGCGUUCCCUCCUUCUCGCUCGCUUUCUCGCACUCUCCCUCACACACACACACACACAUUUAUUAUUUUGCCAGGUCUGCAAGGCCGUGCCCUUUGAUUUGUUGGACAGUACGGUGGCCUGGAGGUGUCAGAGGCUAAAAACAGCAAAGUGAUAUACAAAGCAGUCAGCUGUAAUGUUAGCAAUGCCAGGCAUGUACAGCAUGAGCUUACUGGUGCUAACGAAAACACACACACACACACACACA